GGGUGCGGCCGCGGCCAUGGUCUUCGGAGGGGUGGUGCCCUACGUCCCGCAGUACCGGGACAUCCGCAGGACGCAGAACGCCGACGGGUUCUCCACCUACGUGUGCCUGGUGCUGCUGGUGGCCAACAUUUUGCGGAUACUCUUCUGGUUUGGAAGGCGCUUUGAGUCGCCACUGCUGUGGCAGAGCGCCAUCAUGAUCCUGACCAUGCUGCUGAUGCUGAAGCUGUGCACCGAGGUCCGUGUGGCCAACGAGCUCAACGCCAGGCGCCGCUCCUUUGCAGCUGCAGAUAGCAAGGAUGAAGAAGUCAAGGUCGCCCCCAGGCGGUCCUUCCUGGACUUCGACCCCCACCACUUCUGGCAGUGGAGCGGCUUCUCGGACUAUGUGCAGUGCGUCCUGGCCUUCACGGGCGUGGCAGGCUACAUCACCUACCUGUCCAUUGACUCCACCCUGUUUGUGGAGACCCUGGGCUUCCUGGCCGUGCUGACCGAAGCCAUGCUGGGCGUGCCGCAGCUUUACCGCAACCACCGCCACCAGUCCACGGAGGGCAUGAGCAUCAAGAUGGUGCUCAUGUGGACCAGUGGCGACGCCUUCAAGACGGCCUACUUCCUGCUGAAGGGCGCACCUCUGCAGUUCUCCGUGUGCGGCCUGCUGCAGGUGCUGGUGGACCUGGCCAUCCUGGGGCAGGCCUACGCCUUUGCCCGUCACCCCCAGAAGCCGGCGCUGCACGCUGUGCACCCUGCUGGCACCAAGGCCCUCUGAGAGUGGGGAGGACAAGGAUGUGGGCCAGCCAGCCACGGGCACUGGUGGGUGCUG